AUGGAGGCUUCCAAUUUGCAAAUCUAUUGGCAUGAGUCUCAGCCGAUUUAUAGUCUCUGCUUUCAAUCAAUUGGAAAGGCAGAUGGAGGAAAGACUAGACUUGUCACUGCUGGUGGUGACAACAAGAUAAGAGUCUGGCAGUUGAAUCUGGAUGAACAGAACCGAAGCAAAGUAGAUACCAUCGACUUUCUCUCUUCACUGACUCAACAUGAGCAAGCAGUGAACGCUGUAAGGUUCAAUUCGCACUACGAUAUUUUAGCCUCUGCUGGUGAUGAUGGGCAACUUCUACUUUGGAAGAAAAAUGAGACCAUGGCUAAAGACUUUGGGGUCGACGAAGAAGAGUUUGCAGAUUUCAAAGAGUCCUGGUACGUUUGGAAACGCUUGCGUUCCGCACCAGCUGCUGGGGCCUCUGAAAUUUACGAUUUGUCCUGGAGUCCAGACGACAAGUAUAUUGUGACGGGAUCUAUGGACAACAGCAUACGAGUUUUCGAUGUUCUUGAAGGUUCUUGCGUUGCUACUAUCGCGGAUCAUAAUCAUUAUGUACAGGGAGUUGUGUGGGAUCCUCGAAAUGAAUUCAUUAUAUCCCAAUCCGCUGAUCGCUCAGUUCAUAUGCAUCGGAUAAUACGAGAUUCCAGCGAAGCUGUCAUAGACCUCAAGCUUAUUAACAAAAUAACAAGAGGAGAGGUACCAUGCCGGAAGGCGGCCAAUUCCACAGAACUAGAUUAUGGGAAUGUCAAAUCUUCAUUUUUGUUCCACAACGAAACUUUACCAUCGUUUUUCCGCAGACUGGAUAUGUCACCUUGUGGGAAUCUUCUAUGUGUACCUGCUGGCAUCUUCAAAAAUUGUGACAGCUCAUCAGAAAGUGGGAACGGGAACGAUGAGUUGGCCAAUGCUGUAUAUGUGUUUACGAGAUCUUACUUGGAAAAAAGCAGCAACAGACCCAUGCUCGUCAUACCAUUUCUCAAGAAACCUGCUCUUGUCAUUUCCUUCAGCCCGCAACUAUACCAACUUACAGCCAGUGCGAAGCCUUACGCUCAAUUGCCCUACAAACUCGUCUUCGCGGUUGCGACAUCUGACGAGGUUUUUAUUUACGACACUGAAGUGACAAAACCUAUCUGCAUCAUUGGGAACUUACAUUAUACUCCCGUUACGGAUUUAUCUUGGGGUCAAGAUGGCUCUAUGCUAAUGGUAUCUUCUACUGAUGGCUUUUGCUCAUAUAUAUCGAUCCACGAAGAUACUCUGGGGCCGCGGUACGCUGGAAAAAUCAAAGAACAGGAAUUAAGCCUCUCAGGGAAUGCUCCUUCACUAGUCGUUACAACGUCAACAAUCAUCGACACCCAGCCAGUAAAAACUAAACGGUCUCCGCUUGAGGCUGCGACAAAGGAGACAUUGGACAGAAGUGGCCUAAGUUCUGGUGGAUUCAGUUCACCUUCCAGUACAACUGCUUCCGUUACGAAAGGUGAGGAAAAAGGACAAAGUGAAGCAAAAAUAGUAAAGCGGAGGAUUCAACCUACGUUGAUGUUACAAAAUAAAAAAUAA